AUUUAUCUGAAUUGAAACGCCAUCUUUCACAAGUUCCCAUCGUUCUUUUCGGAACGGUCGAACGUUUGCGUUCGUGUUGAAAAACGUGACCGUGCGACAAGAGUACCGUGUGGCGGUCUAACAAGAGGGAGUGUUAUGCAUGAUAUUGCAUACUGACGUAUAAUAAAGGUAUUGUGUGACGGAAUGCAGUUGUCGAAAUAAAUCAUUUAACGCUUCCACGGAUACAAGAUUUUUGCGGUUCGCACGGCUCUGGUGUAACCGGCAUUCAUCAAUCUACGCGAUUACAAAGAUUGGUUAUUGGAAAAAUGGCGGCCGAAAUGCUAAACAAGAACCGAAUGAUGGUUUUUAAGAACAAAGGCAAGGACCAAGAAAAAUAGCUGUAUUAAUCAUGAAAUCAGGAAAUGCGAAGAAGACGAAAUGAAGUAACAGUAGAAUUACGUAAAAACAAGCGUGAGGAAACAUUACAGAAGAGGAGAAAUGUGCCUAUUGCGGAUUCCACUGAUGAAGAUGAUAAUGAGAAGAAUUUGUCGAAAAUUGAUUUAAAGGAAUUAGUAAUGAAAGCAGAAAGUUCAGAUCCUGCAGAACAAUUACAAGCUGUUCAGUCGGCAAGAAAGUUACUGUCUUCAGAUCGUAAUCCACCAAUUGAUCCAUUAAUUCAAAGUGGUAUUCUACCCAUUUUAGUUCGUUGUCUUGAACAGCAUAAUAGUCCAUCUCUACAGUUCGAAGCAGCAUGGGCACUCACGAAUAUUGCUAGUGGAACAUCAGCUCAAACACAAGCUGUAGUUGCAGCUGGUGCUGUUCCACUUUUCCUACAUUUGUUACUUUCGAGUCAGCAAAAUGUUUGUGAACAAGCUGUCUGGGCUUUAGGAAAUAUUAUUGGAGAUGGUCCAGUACCUAGAGACUAUGUUAUUAAUCUUGGUGUUGUACAGCCACUGUUAAGGUUUAUCCAACCAGAUAUUCCUCUCACUUUUUUACGUAAUGUCACAUGGGUGAUUGUCAACUUAUGUAGAAAUAAAGAGCCUCCUCCACCUAUUCAAACGAUAAAGGAUUUAUUACCUGCACUUAAUAUACUCAUCCAUCAUACAGAUAUUAAUGUUCUUAUUGACACAGUUUGGGCAUUAAGCUAUCUUACUGAUGGUGGUAAUGAACAAAUUCAGAUGGUAAUAGAUAGUGGUGUUGUACCACGUCUUAUUCCUCUCCUAUCGCACAAAGAAGUUAAAUUAUUGACAGCAGCUUUACGUGCAGUUGGAAACAUUGUAACAGGCUCAGAUGAACAAACGCAAAUUGUUUUGAAUUGUGAUGCUCUUUCACAUUUUCCAAAUCUAUUAACUCAUCCAAAAGAGAAAAUUUGUAAAGAAGCUAUUUGGUUCCUUUCUAAUAUUACUGCUGGUAAUCAAACACAAGUGCAGGCCGUGAUAGAUGCUGGAUUAUUGCCACUUAUUAUUCGCAAUUUGGCGAAAGGAGAAUUCCAAACACAAAAAGAAGCAGCAUGGGCAAUUAGUAAUUUAACAAUAAGUGGCAAUAGUAAUCAAGUUGCACGACUCAUACAAGAAGGAGUUAUUGGACCUUUCUGCGAUCUUCUUUCGUGUAAAGAUACCCAAGUUAUACAAGUUGUACUUGAUGGUAUACAUAACAUGCUCAAAGUUGCAGGUUCACAUGUUGAAUAUUUGGCCAAUAUGAUAGAGGAAUGUUCAGGCUUGGACAAAAUUGAACAGUUACAGAAUCACGAGAAUAUAGACAUUUAUAAACUAGCUUAUGAUAUUAUCGAGCAAUACUUUUCAGGAGAGGCCGACGAUACAAAUUUGCCAUCACAGGCGGGAGAUGGAACUUUUGAAUUUGAUCAGACAAUGAGUAUUCCGAGUGAAGGUUUUAAAUUCUGAGAGAGCCUCCUUUCUUUUUCAUCCGAUCGUGCCGUCCCCCGACAAACUCCGAGGUGGAGCAAAUCUGCUUUCCCUUUCCUAAUCCUAUAUUUUCUUCUGCUCCACUGACAUCACGUGGUAUUAUUUAUCGUGCCACUAUUUGAACCAAGGGUCAUACUUCUUGCUGAUUCAAAGAGACAAAGCAAUGUGCUGACUUUUCUGGCUAAAGAGAACUAAAAAUGGAAGAAUUAUAGAGCUGACGAACUGUUACGAAGCAAGCAUCGACUGUGUUCUUAUGUUCUAUCCUUCCAAUUCUUCUUAUAUGUAUGUUACCUUUCUUUAUUAUGCAUAAUAAAAGUAUUGUCGGAGCGAGUCUUAGCCGGACGCAGCUACCAAUACGAUGUGCGAGUAAAUUAUUCUAGUAAAUUGAUUAGUUGCUCUCUCAAAUGGAGGCGCAGAGAGGAGACCUUUUUAUUGCUUAAACAUGUUGCUCUUCACUCAAACUCAGGAUGAGUCUUGCUUAGCGAUGUUACAUUUAUAAAACAAUUCGUGUAUAUUUUAGGCAUGUUAAAUUUAUAAUGAUAUUGAUUACUAAAUAAAUGAAUCGAUUGACUACUCUUUACUAGCAUAA